AUUUCCUCACACAAAACAACAAAAUACUUAUUCUAAGUUGAAGACUUUUUCAUAAUUUCAUUCACACCCUUUUCUUCAUUCUGUGUUUUCCUUUCAUCAGUAUUAUUGUUCCUCCCAAAGGACAUAACAUAACGUAACAUAACACAGAGAGAACAAAAGAAAAACACUUUCAUCAUGGGAAACUGUUUCAGAAAACCUGUUUGUCAUGUCUCUUCAUCAAGUUUAUUUGGAAGUACAAAGACUCAAAGUAAGACAACACAGACUUCAAAUUCUUCUGAACCGAAAACGAAUAUGGAUACUUCAUGGUCGAUUGACGAGAAAUCCAUCUCUAAUGAUGUUAAGUCCUUCAGCUUUAACGAUCUAAAGGAGGCGACAAGGAACUUCCGCCAAGAAAAUUUGAUCGGUGAGGGAGGGUUUGGAUUCGUCUACAAAGGAUGGAUAGAUGAGAAUACCGGUGCUCCUACAAAACCAGGAAAUGGAAUUGUAGUAGCCAUUAAGAAACUUAAACCAGAAAGUUUUCAAGGUCACAAGGAAUGGCUUGCGGAAGUGAAUUAUCUCGGCCAACUUCACCAUGAAAAUUUGGUGAAGCUUAUUGGUUAUUGCUCAGAAGGUAAAAACAGGCUUCUAGUUUAUGAGUUUAUGCAGAAAGGAAGUUUGGAAAAUCACUUAUUCAGAAAAGGCGUUCAACCGAUUUCCUGGAUUACACGAAUCAAUAUUGCGAUCGGUGUUGCAACAGGACUAGCAUUCUUACAUUCCCUCGAUGCAAAUGUUAUUUAUCGCGAUUUAAAAGCUUCCAACAUUCUACUUGAUUCGGAUUUCAACGCAAAUCUUUCCGAUUUCGGCUUGGCAAGAGACGGCCCGACCGGAGAUAACACUCACGUUUCAACUCGAAUUAUCGGAACUCAUGGUUAUGCUGCCCCAGAAUAUGUAGCUACAGGUCAUUUAACGCCGAGGAGCGACGUAUACAGCUUCGGCGUCGUCCUGUUAGAGCUACUAACAGGACGACGUGUAGUCGACGACGAUAGACCAACAUAUUCGGAAGAAACGCUAGUAGAUUGGGCAAUGCCUUUUCUGAGUGACAGCAGAAGAAUAUUGAGAAUCAUGGAUACAAAAUUAGGCGGACAAUACUCAAAGAAAGGAGCUCAAGCUGCAGCUGCACUUGUUCUAAAGUGUCUUCAUACUGAUCCUAAACACAGACCAACCAUGGUUAAUGUUUUAGCUGCAUUGGAAGCAUUACAAUCCUCAAAUUCAGUACCAAGAACACCAAAAUCUGGAUCUGAUCAUAAUCAUCAUGCAACAAAACAUUCUAGUCAUCAUCAUUCACAUAAGUCAAUUGCGAGUAAUACUAGAAAACAUUGAGAUGAUUCUCUCUAUGUGGAUGAAUGGUUAUGCAUAUAAACUAGUGGUUUGUUGUUUUAUUUUGUAGUCAUGUGAGCAAUGUUCAUGUUGUUAUUGAGAAGCAUUAGCAUGCUUAAAGCAGGAACAUUGUUAGAUGUCUUGAUAAUUUAUGGAUGGAAAUGUUAGACUCCUAAUUUCUAGACCGGUAUAUUCAUUUAAUUUAUGGACAUAGACUUGCAUAAGUUUUUUAAUAAGAAUUCUUUAUAAUCCUAGAACACUAUUUAGGGGUGAUCA